AUGGCCAAGAGCAGAGGAAGUGGGGUGAACAUGGAGAAAUUACCGAUGUUAAGAGUUUCCCAUUGUCAAACAGCGUUGUUCGGGAAGCGUGGCGGAGGGAGCGGGGGUGGGGGCCUGACCGCCGGCACGAGCUCUCGUGAAGAGCGCUCGGAGGCAGCUGAAACGAGACAAAGGUGGUCACUUAUGUACAAGGAGGUGGGGAAAAAGGCCACGAUGCUGCUGGGUGUAGUGUGCGACAUUGUGCUCGUUAUGGAUGAACGCAUACCUGGUAUCGAUGCAUAUGCAGAAUGCCGCCGUGGAUUGUAUUUACUUGUAAUUGUUCUUCUUUCAAACUGGCUCGGCACUGGAUAUAAAAUAGUAAAAUAUUUAAAACCUCCCUGACAUACGACUACAGGAGAUGCUACAGUUAUGUGACUUCCAGGAAGAUGAUUUUAUAUUUUAUGGGUUUUGUGAAAAGGACAGUGUUUCAGGAAUGCUAUCAUUCCAUGCACCAAUGCUGCUCAAAAUUAGCUAGACAAUACUUUCAAGUACACAUCCACUAAAUUUUAUAUCAAGAUCAAAAGUGUUAAAGCAGAAGAUGUCUUCAGUGCUUGUGACAAAGCACAGUUCACAUGGUUAAAUGUUAACUACUUGCUAAAAAAUAUUUAUGUAAAUAAAUUUUAUCAAUGUAUGAGAAUAAUAAUAAAAAAAAAAUGCUUCCUUAAUGUUAUUCAAAUAUGUAACUGCAUAUUAAUGUGUUAACUCGCAUUGAAGCUUCAUAUUCAUAAGCAAACGUUAAUAAAUGAAACUGCUAUAAAAAGUGAUUGCAAUAUCAUGCCUUUCAUAAAUAUUUUAACAUGCAGAUUUUUAUGAUGUAAAUAAUGUCUGCGCUUUAUGUAUGUACUACACACAAUAGCAUUAUUAACAAUACAUACAUACAUACAUAUUUGAAUUUUUAUAUGUGGACAUGUCAACCCAAGCACAUGCUAAGAUAAUUUGUGUAACCAUAGAAGAAAGAGUGUUUCUUUCCUCUAUGGUGUUACAUAUUUAUAAGGGAGUUAUGCAAACAUUUAUUAAUUAUGUAAACACAAAUACAAUAUAUGAUUUUUCAAUAAUUGUAAUUUUCCUUUCAAUUAAUUGGACUAUUUGUAAAUAAUAUGAAUAUGUG